UUGUCAAACGUUGAAGGGUGGACUGGCGCAAGAAAAAGGACACUGUGCGUGAUACCAGGAUCAAGACAAGGGCAUUCCAGUAAUUGCUCCUAUUACGGCCGCCCCAAAAUUCGUUUUCUUGAUUCUCGAUUUCGGAGACCAAAAUUUCCUCUGCGUUUAGCUACUGUGCCUUACCCGCAAAAUUCCAAUUCUAGAGGAGAGAAAAAAGGAAGGAAGAAAGAAAGAAGAGAGGGAAAUGGAGGCGAACCUGGAGGUGAGGCCCAAACCCACUGCCUCCGCUACUGCACCAUCAAACCCUAGCUCUGACCUCUCCAACAAAUCCGCCAAACACAGAGAAGAAGGCGAGCUAUCUUCGUCAGAAGACGACGGACUUCCCUCUUCCUCACCGGCGCCAUCUGUUGGUGCCACAGUCCCUCCAGUGGAGCCCAUCUUAGUUGCUCCUUCGAACAAAAACACCCAAGGCACUAAGGCGGGGAAGUCUGUUUCUGUGAAUAAUGCUGCAAUAUCUAUUGACAUUCAAGCUAGAACAUCCAUUCAACCAAACUAUCAUAAGGGUUUUGAAAAAAAUCGGGUGCCUUUUAAAUCUGGUUCAUCUGGAUGGUAUGGUCCUCCGGGGUCCAACAAUAACCUUGUGAUAAGCUUCUCAGACAAUGACAGUGGCAGUGAUUCUGAAGAGUAUGGACAAGAGAAGGCUUCAACUCUGGAAACUAAAGGCGAUACAGUCAGAGUGGAUGGCAAUAAAAGAACACCUGCUUCCUCAGUGAGAAAAUCAGAAAUGUUAGAACGGACCACUGGAACUGAAACUAAAAUGGUACCUAAGAAAGUUCCUUUAAGUCGCAGAUUCAUCCAAUCGACAAAAGCCAAAGGAUUCAAUUCCAGGAAUGCUGGACCAUUGUUAAUUGAGCAAGGAUCUCGGGUUGGAAAUUUUAGUGCCCUUAACAAAAAUUUAGCUAAGCGGGACCGUGAAGUUACACAAGGUGUGUUUCUGAAUAAUAGUAAACUUCAGGACUUGCGACAGCAGAUAGCACUUCGGGAGAGUGAACUGAAGCUUAAGUCUGCCCAGCAGAACAAGGAAAUAGUUUCACAGCAAAAUAAGGAAACAGUUUCAGGUUCAUGUAAGGAUAAUAACUCGAUGAACCUAAACAAUAGUACAACUGGCAAAAGCAGAUCUACUUCUAUUGACAUUCAACAGUUAGAACCAAAAGAACCUGAUGGUAAACGUUUAAAAGUCAGUGGAACAUAUUCUAGACAGAUAAAUUCAAAUUUAGAUGACCGACACGAUGUACCUGCUGCAAAAUCCCUGUUAGGAUUAAAAGAGCCAGCAUCACAGAGUAGUGGCCUUCUGGAUAGGGACAAGAUUGAUCAUAGCUAUUGUGAGAAAGAAGUUCCUGCCAACAGGACACAAUCAAGCAUUGUUAAAUGGAAAAAGCAAGAUGAGAAGCGGCCAGCUGUUUCUUUGGAAAAUCUUCGUAAAAAUGGUGCUGACAAUAUUGGUGAUAGCCAGUCAGACAGGAAUGCUAGACAGGUGGAUCGUUUAGUAGUGUUAAACCAAACUGUACCAUUGGCAAAUAUGGCUUCCAAUGCUUCCCCAAAGAGAUCUAAUGUUGCUGGGUUCAAUUGUCCUAGUGGAGUUGAUGCACAUCAUCCACCAAACAAAAUGACAUGCCAACACAAUUUAAUGAGAAGCAAUGGUUAUGGGGAGGCCAUAUCCAAUAAUAAGAAACUGGAGUCCAGGUCUAACAGUAUAUGUCAGACAUCUCUUAACAAUGCAAAUCUCUGGAAUUGUUUGAAUGAUAUAAACAUUUCUGGACAUAAUAACAUGGACAUACAGUCAUUAGUUGAAAUUGAGGAAUUGCAAGACAAGGAGCUGGAGGAAGCUCAAGAGCAAAGGCGCAAGUGUGAAAUUGAAGAAAGAAAUGCCCUUAAAGCUUAUCGUAAAGCCCAAAGGGCCUUGAUUGAGGCUAAUGCUAGAUGCACUUAUCUCUAUCGCAAAAGGGAAAUGUUUUCAGCACAGUUUCGAUCUUUAACUAUGGAGGAUUCCAGUUUAUUUUGGACCUCUAGGCAGCAUGAACAUGCUGCAAUCGGGUUGAAUUCCUCAAAUAACAUGUCUGAGUUUGACCUGGCUCAAAUACCCAUGUCGAGCAAUCUGAUUCAGACUAAGUUUGAUGGUUUUAACAAUCCAGGUUAUGAUUCAAACAUCCAGAGUGUAGAUGGUGUACCAUUCACCAAGCCUUAUCAGCAUGUUGAUGGACAAAAUUUGGGGUCUGAACCAUGUAGUGAACCUGAUGCUAGUACAUCAGAGUUAUUGCCUCGUAAGGGUAGCAGUGCUGCAAAUAGAUUGUGCUCUCCAUCCAAUGAUCCAAAUAUUUCUGCAGAUGAAGAUGAAGACGCAUUUCCAUUUGAACAUGAGUCUGUUCAGCCCAAUGCAGAGUCUUGGAGAAAAGAGGCUGUUUCAGAAGAAAGGGAAAAGGAAAUAAACGAGCUGAACACAAAAUUUGCUACUGAUAGCCCUGAGGAUUCUUUACUCCUGGAAGCAACUUUAAGGUCUGAACUAUUUGCACGGCUGGGAGUGAGAACUUUGUCGAAGAACAGUGGACAUGAUUACGAUAUCGAACCUGCAGUUGAUAGGGAGGUUGAGGAUAAUGUUGGAAGGGACAAAACUCAGAUGAGGAUGCGGAACAUACCAUUUUCCGAUGCAGAGAAAACCCAACAGUUGGAUCUUGGAGGUGCUGGUAGGCCAGAAACAAGUAUCUCUGAGAUUCCUGUUGAGAUUGACCGCCAGUGCUAUGAAAAGUUUUCUGGUAACAAUGAAUUUCAGCCCACUGAUGAUCCUAAGGAUAAAUUCUCUAAAAGAGAAGUUCACCAGUCAACAACCUCUGUUACCUUUUCACCCCCUUUUGUUCUAAGAAGUGCAUUUGGUCACAUGAAAGUUACAUCCCUAAUCAGUUCUCUAGGAUUACAUACUAGGGAUCAGCAGAAUGGCAUUGAUAAUGCUUACAAUGAAGAGGAUGUCAGUGUCAGAUCCAACAAAAUCCUGCCUAGCGUUUGGACAGCAAGUUCAACAUUGGAUACUGUUAGAGAUGGCUUUGGAGAAGCUGGCUCUUAUACCUGCAAUCUUGCAGUUGACCCAUUUUGGCCUCUUUGCAUGUAUGAGCUUCGAGGAAAGUGCAACAACGAAGAAUGUGUUUGGCAACAUGUGAAAGACUAUACUAACAACAAUAUGAAUCAGCAUGAUGAGUCGGAUAAUGCUGAUUGGCAUCUUGGAUUGUCAUCACAUCAAGGAAAAUUUGAAGCUUGGUGUAUUUCCCAAUGUGGACAGAAGUGUUUCAGUACUAUCUUAGCUGUAUCAAGUUUGCUUCAAAAAGAUUUUCCUGUAGAUCAGCCACUCUAUCAUGGAAGUGAUGGCCGCCUGGAGGUUCAUGGAAGUUGGAAUAGGCAGUCAUUGUAUAUCCAACCUAGAAAUGGCGUAGUGAAUCAAAUUAAACAAGGUUUGGCUGAUAAUGUCCAGUCUCUGGAAAUGGCUCUUCUUGUUCUCAAUCAGGAGGUUAAUAAAGUAGAGGGCAUGAAAAAGGCCCUCUCUGUGCUGUCACGAGCUCUUGAGGCUGAUCCAACAUCUGUAGCCCUCUGGAUUGUUUAUCUUCUUAUUUACUAUAGCAGUCAAAAGACAAUUGGAAAGGAUGACAUGUUCAUUUAUGCGAUCAAACACACUGAAGGAUCUUAUGAACUCUGGCUUAUGUUCAUCAAUAGUCGGGCACAGCUCGAUGAACGGUUGGUUGCAUAUGAUACUGCACUCUCAGCACUUUGCCGCCAUGCAUCUGCUUCUGACAGGGAUGCAAAGCAUGCUAGUGCAUGCAUCCUGGACCUGUUUUUGCAGAUGAUGGGUUGUUUGUGCAUGUCCAGGAACAUUAGGAAGGCUAUCCAGAGAAUCUAUGGACUCCUUCCAUCUGCAACAAAUUCUGAUGAGCCUCAUUCUUUGUCGCUCUCUGAUAUCCUCACAUGUUUAACAAUUACUGACAAAUGUAUUUUCUGGGUUUGCUGUGUGUACUUAGUAAUUUACAGGAAACUGCCUGAUGACAUAGUACAGCGAUUUGAAUGUGAGAAGGAAUUCUUUGCAAUAUCAUGGCCUUCUGUUUGCUUGAGAGCUGAUGAGAAGCAGCAGGCUCUAAAGCUGAUGGGAACAGCAGUGAAUUCUGUUGAGUCAUACUUCGAUAAUGAAUCACUUCAAAGUGAAACUACUCUCAGAUCAGCACAGCUGUUUGCUCUCAACCAUGUUCGGUGUGUAGUGGCAGUCGAGAGCUUAGAAUGUGGUAGGAACUUGUUGGAUAAAUAUACAAAAUUGUACCCAUCCUGCUUAGAACUAGUUCUGAUAUCAGCACAAACACAGAAGCAUGAUUUUGGGGGUCUAAAUUUUGGGGGGUUUGAAGACGCCUUAAGCAAUUGGCCAAAAGAAUCCCCUGGAAUUCAAUGUAUCUGGAGUCAAUAUGCUGAAUAUGCCCUCCGGAAUGGAAGCUUUGAUGUUGCAAAAGAAAUCAUGUCUCGUUGGUAUAACUCUGUUUGGAAAGUUCAAUGUCCUCAAAAUGAUAGUUUGAGUGGCACUGAUGGCGAUAAUUCAUGCUGCUCCUUGGAAUCUGCUUUGGCAUCAAAUCUGGACAUUUCAGUUUUAGGUUCUAGCAAGAUGGAUGCAAUGUUUGGGUUGCUAAAUCUUUCCCUCUAUAGAUUAUUCCAAAAUGAUCUUACUGAAGCCCGCAUGAUAAUUGACAAGUCAUUGAAGACUGCUGCUCCUGAGUACUUUAAGCAUUGUGUAAGAGAGCAUGCCAUGUUUAUGCUUACUGAUGGGUCAGAGUUAAAGGAGGAUGCAUCUAUCAAUGGUAUGUUGAAAAUCCUGAAAGGCUAUUUGAGUGUUUCCCAGAAUUACCCCGUCUCUGAACCAUUAUCAAGAAAAUUCAUUCAGACCAUCAAGAAGCCAAGAGUCCAGCAGCUUAUUAGUAAUAUGUUGAGUCCUAUGUCAUCUGAUUUUUCUCUGCUGAACUUGGUUCUUGAAGUAUGGCAUGGGCAAUCUCUCUUACCACAGGAAUCUAGUAAGCUAAAGGAUCUUGUAGAUUUUGUUGAGGCCAUUAUGGAGAUUUCACCUUGCAACUAUCAGUUGGCAAUGUCUGCGUGUAAGCAGCUGUUAAGCAGAGGCCACAGCUCUGGGGAUGCUUCUGCUAGUGUAUUAUUCUGGGGGAGCUCACUCUUGAUUAAUGCAAUCUCUCAGGCAAUCCCAGUAGCACCGGAGUUUAUUUGGGUAGAAGCUGCAGGUAUUUUGGACAAUCUAAUGGAUAAUCAGGUGCUAUCCUUGAACUUUCACAAGAGAGCUCUCUCACUAUAUCCAUUUUCCAUUAGGCUUUGGAAAUCAUAUCUCAUGCUAUCCAAGAUUACUGGAAACAUGGAUUCAGUUGUAGCAGCAGCAAAAGAGAAGGGUAUUGAACUUGACUAACAUCUUUCUGAGUGUAGGAAGAGUGAGAGGUUUGGUUGAAUCAGAGAGCCUUCUACUAAAGGCAAUUUUGGGUUUGGUGCUGCUUAUUAGUAGAAGGGAAAGGCCUUUGAUUAAUAGUUGAUAUGCCGAAUUAAAAUGAAAUCAGGAAUCCUUCACUGGUGAAGUGAUGGGUGUUGCAAUCACUAUUCAGAGGGUUAUGAAUCUAGGGAGCCCAAAAAAUACACAGGAUACAGAGUAUAUCUAACAGGUUAAUAGCUUUCUCGGAGGAAUUUAAAGUGUACACAGGCGUGAUACUUGGCAUCAUGUAAAUGUCAUUCAUUUUCCGUCUUGUUUGUGUUGAAUAAAUGUAGUGGUUUAGCAUUGUUGUCAAUUCGUUUGGUAGAAUGUAAUUACUAGUAAGGAUUUUGUACUAGUGCCAUACGGAUGGAAAGAGUUUGAUGAGUUCAAUUUUUCUAGUUCUUGAA